AAAAAAUAAUCUUCUGGUCCAGACAGACUCGAAGCUCGCUCCGCGAAGACGCGCCUCCACGUUGUUUAUUUGCGCGCUCAAAGUGGAAGCGGUCGGUCCGUCGGUACCUGCCGCGAUCGCCGACCCGGAGCAUCCGGAGACUGGCUUUCAUGAGACGGGCUGCAUCUGCACCUACAGAGGGGAGAAACUCCAAAACUGAACCUGUGCUCGCGUGGAAAUGGUCCUGCAGAGAGUCGUGCGUGCUGUCAUCAUGGGUCCCCCGGGAUCCGGGAAAGGAACCGUGUCCGGGCGCAUCACCAAAACUUUUGGACUCAGUCACCUCUCGAGUGGGGACAUUUUAAGAGCCAACAUCAACGCAAAAACUGAACUCGGCCUCCUCAUGAAGUCUUGCAUCGACCAGGGUCAGCUGGUACCCGACGACGUCAUGUCUCGUCUCAUCCUGAGUCACCUGAGAACAAUAGACCAGAGCAGCUGGCUGCUUGACGGAUUUCCUCGCACCGUCACUCAGGCGGAGGCUCUGGAUGACGCCUACACCGUGGACACAGUCAUCAACCUCAACGUACCUUUCGAGACCAUCAAACAGAGGCUGACCUCCCGCUGGACCCACCUUCCAAGUGGCCGCGUCUACAACAUAGACUUCAACCCACCUAAGCGCCCUGGCAUUGAUGAUGAAACAGGGGAGGCCCUGGUCCAGAGGGAUGACGACAAACCAGAGACAGUCACAAGGAGACUGAAGUCUUAUGAAAACCAGACAGAGCCCGUCUUGGAGUACUACAGGAGUAAAGGUAUACUUGAGACCUUCACCGGGACAGAAACCAAUAAGAUUUGGCCUCACGUCGAGGCAUUCCUCCAGUCCAAAUUCUCCUCACUCCGUCAGAAGGCAGCUUAAAAAGACUCCCCAACAGCCGAGGCUCAGGGAGGCUGGAGGUUUCCCAGCAGCAACCACUCCGCCUGCACCGUCCUAUUGCUCCACUCCGCCGGAAAAAGAGAGCCAUGCUUAAAAUAAUACAUUCCAAGUGUUCCAAAAAAAAAAAAAAAAAAAAAAAGCAUUAAGUUCAGAUUGUUGAUGCCAUAUAGGAAG